AUGGCCUCACUUCAAUCAUUCAAGGCACCAUCUUUGGUUAGCAAGUCUACUCAAAAGGCAGAACAGAAACUCGCUACAAAUGGUGAAGAUGUUGUCAUUGAUGCCUCCACAUUGUCCACUCGUAACACCACAGACGUCAAUGAAGACGAAGACAUGGAGGUCGAAUCUACCAUCGCCAAACCAACCUUUGCCCCAACACAGCAGAACAAGAGUGGUGUUACCAAAGGACAACGUAGAAUCCCCAUUCCUCACCAUCGUCUCUCUCCUCUUAAGAGACAGUGGCUUGAGAUCUACUCUCCUUUGGUUGAACACAUGAAACUACAGGUUCGCAUGAAUGUCCAGACAAGAUCGGUUGAACUCAGAACCUCAGAUUCGACCGUUGAGAGCAGCGCAUUACAAAAAGGGGCUGAGUUUGUCAAGGCUUAUGCUCUUGGAUUUGAGAUUGAGGAUGCUAUGGCUCUUUUGAGAUUGGAUGAUAUUUUUUUGGAUACUUUCGAAAUUAAGGAUGUAAAGACACUUCAUGGUGACCAUUUGGCCCGUGCUAUUGGUCGUAUUGCAGGAAAGGACGGAAAGACCAAGUUCACCAUUGAGAACGCAAGUAAGACAAGAAUUGUCCUGGCAGAUACCAAAAUCCAUGUGCUCGGCUCAUUCCAGAAUAUUAAGAUUGCUCGUGAUGCAGUUGUCAGUCUUAUUCUCGGCAGUCCUCCUGGAAAGGUUUACGCAACUCUCCGUACUAUCUCUGCUCGCAUGAAAGAGCGCUUCUAAAAAAAUCAGUAUGGCGUAGGCCUAUCUUAUUUUAAAAAGUCUUCUGAACGUUCGACAGAAUUCGUAAUUGUAUUUUUCUCUUUUUCUUACCGCCUUUCAUCUCUUUCUCCUUUAUGUUACAUUCAUUAAAACAUGCUAAAAAUUACCGUACGC